AUGUUGGGACGACUGGCUUACUUGGCCUUGAUGGCAACCCCGGCCUUUGCCGGUGUCAUGAGCCAAGUGAAAACCGGAAGCGAUGUCAAGAUGAUUGCAACUCCUCCAAAUGACCGAUUGAUGUCACUAUCGAUUGCUCUGGCCCUAGGAAACAUUGACCAGUUGGAGGAAAAGCUCAAGGCCGUCUCUUCUCCAGACAGUGACGACUACGGCAAUUAUCUCGACAAGGAUGAAGUCGAAACACUGUUUCGCCCUUCGUCUGCCGCCUUCAGUGCCGUCACCCAGUGGUUAGAAGACGCCGGUGUUGAGCAUAUCUCGCAGCAAGGAGCAAACAUCAACUUUGCAACAACGGUUGGCAAGGCCAAUAAGCUUCUCAACACGCAAUUCGCCUACUACAAUGUUCAAGGUGUCCAGAAACUGCGGACGAAACAAUACUCGGUGCCCGACGACAUCGCAGAGCAUGUUCAAUUAAUUCACCCUACAACUUACUUUGGCAAGACAAGGUCUAUGAGGAUGCCCGACGACAUGAUCGUGCCAGCGAGAAUCACCCAGGGCACUUUCUCCACCAACACCACCUCAAACUGUUCUGCCCUCGUCACUCCAGACUGCUUCCGGAAGGCAUACGGUGUUGGAGACUACGUACCGGACGCUAGCUCUGGCAGUCGUGUUGCCUUUGGCAGUUUCUUGAACGAGUCUGCUCGGCUGGAGGACUUGCACCUUUACCAAACUACUUAUGGUAUCCCGCUGUCCAACUUUUCCGUGGUUCUCAUCAAUGGUGGCCUAGACCAUCAGGACAUUAAUGGUUCAAUCGGAGAAGCCAACCUCGACGCUCAGUUUGAGAAUGCCAUGUCAUAUCCCCUGCCCCAAACGCAAUUCAUCACGGCUGGCAGCCCGCCCUUCAUUCCGAAUCUGGACAUCCCCGAUGAAGAGAGCAACUCGAAUGAGCCCUACCUUGAAUACUACGAGUUUCUGCUCAAUCAAACGAAUGCUGAACUCCCCCAGGUCAUCUCCAACUCGUACGGUGAUGAUGAACAGACGGUGCCGCCCGAGUACGCAAAACAUGUUUGUGAUCUGAUAGGCAUGAUGGGUCUGAGAGGCAUUACGGUGCUCGAAUCCUCGGGAGAUACUGGAACCGGUGCUCCAUGCAUUUCGAAUGACGGCAAAAACCAUACCGAAUUCACACCAGCGUUCCCAGGAACUUGUCCAUACAUCACCGCAAUUGGUGGAACCCAGUCUUGGGCUCCGGAAAUUGGCUGGACCGGAAGUACAGGAGGCUUCAGCUUCUACUUUCCCAGAGCUUGGUAUCAGGAGCAAGCUGUAGAAGGAUACCUCAAAGAUGGCAUCAGCCCCGAGGCCAAGGCUUACUAUGAUGCUGGCGGAUUUGCCAACUUUUCCGGGAGAGGCUUUCCUGACAUCAGUGCUCACAGCUUGCACCCCAAUUAUGCCGUCUUCAACGCAAACAAGCAAGGACAGACGGGUGGUACUUCAGCCGCUGCCCCCGUCGUGGCCGGUCUGAUCGGUCUUCUCAACGACGCCCGACUCCGGGCCGGGAAGCCGACCAUGGGCUUCAUCAAUCCCUUCCUGUACAGCCUUCCGUCUGGAAUACUCAUCGACGUAAUCAAUGGCACCGCGACUGGUUGUACAGGUGUCAACUCGCAAACCGGCGCCGAGCUUCCGGGCGCGGGCAUCAUUCCCUACGCAUCUUGGAACAACACCAUCGGUUGGGACCCAGUGACAGGUCUUGGUAUGCCUUACUUCCAGAAGCUCGUUAAGGCGGCUUUGGACAUAGUAUAA